AUGACGCCACUACACAACCACUGCGAAGAUGAGCACCACGAUCACUCUCAUUCUGCUCCUCUGCCUACCAAUGCCCAACAGUCGCUAUACGAGUGGAUAGACACACCUAAGCUGCGUUGUUUAAACGUUGUUCGUAAAGGGAAUGCAAAUUCUGUGGUUUCUUGUUUUAUUAAAAGCCAGGAUGAAAAGUAUGACAUUUCAAGGUACAUUGAAUCAGACGCUGAUUGUCAAAUGCUAAUACAUAUACCAUUUACAUCCACCUGCAGGGUGUUUUCCCUGAUUCUGAGAGGUGGCAGAGACUCUGAAAUGGGGACCAGUUCUAUCAGAAAUAUCAAAAUUUACAACAAUUACAAUAAGAAUCUAGAUUUUGACACUAUUCAGGAUUCAAAACCUCAGAGUAAAUUUGAAUACCCUCAAGACGUAGGGGUCCAUUUGAAAUGUGAAACUGCUGGUCAAACUGAAGAAUUUAGUGAUUCUACGUUUGUAGAACAUCAUUUACCCAGGCAUAUAUUUCAGAAUAGUCACUCGGUAACGAUUUUUGUUCAGGAUACUUGGUCGGGCGAUGAGGAUGACUCGACUAAGUUAUGCUACUUAGAACUAAGAGGGGAAAGCACCGGAAUUUCCCCGACUACUGAAGUCCCACUAUUGAAGACCGUUUAUGAAGCAACGCCAAAUCCGAAGGAACAUGCCAAAUUAGAACCUGAAACCGAUCCAUAUCAAAUGACUAUGUAA